GAGCCUUUCUCAUUGCAACAUGUCAACUCGAGCAAAGAUUACACUAGCAGGAUCCUUUGCUUUUUGCGGAUUGACGAUAUGGGGUGUACAUUAUUUACAGCGCUAUGAAAAAGAGCUCAUGAGAGCAGGAUUAGUGCGGGAGGAAGAGCGUCAACAACGUAAGCAGCAGCAAAGAGCCAAUAAAGAAGAACUAGAUGCCCAAAAAGCACUUCAUGAACAUCUCAUACAAUCACAGUCGGUCAAAGCAACGUCCGGUACGGCGUCUGACAGCGAAUAACCGGUCAACAGAGAAAACAUAGCGUCAACGAACCCCCUGCCUAUUCAAUGUAUAAAAUAGAAAAAUGAAGCAUCGCUCCGUAUAGAACUGCACAACCAUACCAUAUAGCAAAAAAGUAUUUAUAUUCUUUCAGAGUCACAAAGCAACUGGAAGGUAGUCUUUUUCAUCGAAGAAACAAUCAAUCUCUCGAUGAAU